CUUCACAAAGAAAGAAAACAACGUUCUAAGCCUACUGUACAAUUUUUGGAAACAAUCACUCAAUCUCGUCAACUAGGCCACUCCUAGCAUCCAACGUCCGUGCAUCACGUCUCGUAUUUUGGCAUGAAUUUCUCUGAGCUCCUGAAGCAGUCCAACCAGCUAUGCAAACUCUCCCCUGAUGGAAAGUAUUUGGCCACCUGCGUUCAAUAUCGCCUGGUAGUACGGGAUGUCAGGACUCUGCAGAUUUUGCAGCUUUACACCUGUCUGGACCAGGUGGCACAGAUGGAGUGGUCUUCAGACUCCCUCUUCAUCCUCUGCGCAAUGCACAAAAGAGGGCUGGUGCAGGUGUGGUCUCUGGAGCAGCCUGAAUGGCGGUGUAAGAUAGACGAGGGCUCGAUCGGGCUAGUCUCCUCACGAUGGAGUCCAGACGGACGUCACGUACUCAACACCACCGAGUUUCACUUAAGAAUUACAGUCUGGUCUCUUUGCAACAAAUCUGUUUCCUACAUCAAGUACCCUAAAGCCUGCCAGAAAGGGAUGGACUUCAGUGCGGACGGACACUACAUGGCUCUAGCCGAGCGAAGAGACUGCAAAGAUUACAUCAGUAUAUUUGUUUGUGAUGACUGGCAUCUACUCAGGCAUUUUGAGACAGAAACACAGGACCUAUCAGGGGUGGAGUGGUCUCCUAACGGCUGUGUGCUCGCAGUGUGGGACUCCUGUCUGGAGUACAAAAUGCUGUUGUAUUCCCUGGAUGGGCGCCUGCUGUCAACCUACAGUGCUUACGAAUGGUCACUGGGAAUUAAAUCAGUCGCCUGGAGUCCCAGUAGCCAGUUUCUGGCUGUCGGCAGCUACGACGAGAAGGUUCGGAUCCUGAACCACAUCACCUGGAAGAAGCUUGUCGAGUUCGAGCAUCCAGCUACAAUCGCUAACUCCAAAGCUGUGGUGUACAGAGAGGUGGAGAAAAAGCCUGUUGUUGGCAUCGAGGAUUUGUCCAGUCAUCAGAUCUCCAAGACAAGUUCCUUGUUCAACACACACAGCAAAUAUGAGAUCGCUUCAUUGCCAGUCCAGGUGUCGGUGGUGAAGCCUGAUCCCGAUCGUGCCAACCCCAAAAUCGGAAUCUCUGCUGUUGCUUUCAGUGCAGACAAUCGCUACCUUGCUACAAAAAAUGACAGAAUGGCGCAGUGCGUGUGGCUGUGGGACAUGCAGAGACUCAGCCUGCAGGCCGUACUGGAACACACUUCAGCUGUGCGCUGCUUCGCCUGGGACCCGCGCCGACCACGUCUGGCACUCUGCACCGGAAACGCCAAACUCUAUCUGUGGUCCCCCGCCGGCUGUGUGUCGGUGAAAGUGGAAGUGGAAGGUGUAGGUUUACAGGUACAGUCACUGUUCUGGCACUGCCAGGGAGAGUCUCUGAUCCUGUUGGGGAAAGAUCAGCUGUGUGUGUGUUACAUGGCUACAGAGAAGGAGGAGGAGAAGUGAGAGCCAAGGAAAAGCCAGUAGCUAGACCGAACUUGGACCAGCGGUGUGAACCUCUAUCUUAAUGUCUCUGCCAGGGGGCACCAACGUACAAUUUAAAGCAGAUAAACUCCUGUGCUACUAAUGUUGAAGUCACCAAAUAGAACAUGUGUCGUUUGAGGAUGCACUGCCAGGCAAACUCAUGACAUUUCCUAUUGGUCUAUGUUUGUUGUAUUUUUCAGGCUCAGACAUGCCCCAAGAAAUUGUCAUCAUAGUAGUAAACUUUUUAUAAGUAUUAUUGUAACAUUUAAGCAUAUAUAUUUUUUUUUUCAAUCAGAGUUCCAUCUAAAGAAGUAGAUCUGCAAAUUUCUACCAGAGAAUAAUUUCAGGGUUGUCCUGUUUUAAGGAAAAAAAAGAAAAACCCACCCUGAAGGUGAUCAGACCCAUGUCGCCACCUCCCCUGGAUCUUUUUUGGUGAAGUUAAAAUGGCGUUGAUGGCGUUUACAAUUAAUCCUUGAUCGAACAUAUAAAAGAAAGAGUACAGUAAAUAAGGGCUGGAUUUUUACAUCGAAAAAUAGCACUGUUGUGAUUGACAGCACAAUGUUUAAAACACCUCAGGACUACAAUGCUGGAACGCAAAUACGCCAAAUCACAUGGCACAAACUGUUCAUAUUGUCAAAAGUUCACUAUUGUCUGCUUUAAUUGUCAUUGUAUUUCAAACAACAAAUAUCCAUGAAGGUAGAGCAUUAAUAUGUAAAAAGUUAGCAUAUUCUGUUCAGCUCCAUUUUUAAUGUGAAUUUAAGGCUUUAUAGGGACCAUGGUUUGAUGGUCUGAUGUAGGAAAUAUUUUUACGUGUUAAUGUUUAUGGAAAGGUUAGGAUUAUUUUUCUAGGCUCAUAAUUUCUAAUAAAGUUUUCUACAAAGGAA